AUGAGUAUUGACAUUAAAAAUGAAGAAAUGAUUCAACGAUUAGAAAAUUCGACUGGUCCAGCCACCGACCCCCACCAUUUAGCCGAACUGAUUAAAAAAGAGUUAAGAGAAGUUUUGGACGGAAGCCGAAAAUUUAGAGACGAAGACAGAGUUGGGGAUAUUUGGGAAGCCAAUCAGAGCAGAGAAAUCUGUUAUUUUGGUCAAAAAAAAGAAGUCAACGAAUUAAUUGCUAAUUUGGCUCGUAAUCGCCAAGAGCCUCUGGACCGUGAUAAAAUUACCACUCGAAUGGUUAGAGUCAAGCAAGAGGAUUUUUCCUCGACCGAUUUUGAGGAAAUGAUUAGUUUAGUUCGUCAAAUGCAGAACUUUUUAGAGGAAAAAGAUAAGCAAGAGCUCCAGAGAACUGAAAAUAUAAAAUUGAAUAAUCCUCAUUUGUUCACCCAGUGA